GAAGCAGUGUCACUCCUUUUUCCACUGUGGUCUGUGUCUGAGUCAGAGGGAGCUACAACAGGCUUCUUUGAAUCGAUGGCUCACUCCCAGCCACAUCUGACCGGCUGCCAACAUAGCAGGGCGUAGCUCACCAACUUUUUUUUUUUUUUUAAAUCCAGACUGAUUCAUAGAAACUCCUUUAAAACACGGGGAAAAGAAACCGCCCAUCACACACCCCAGCACACCAGCCCAGGAAACUUAUAACCUCGGGAGUCAGGUCCCUCCCCUCACUGCUUGCAAACCUCCUGAGGAGAGGACCAGACCAGCAGCCAGUUCCAGCAGCACUCAGGGCCCCUGCCUCUGUCACUGGAUACUCCAGAAUUCUCUACUCGGGAGUCAUUAAAAAGCCAAGAUGUUGGUGCUACUGGCUGGUCUCUUCGUGGUGCACAUCGCCACCGCCAUUAUGCUGUUUGUCUCCACCAUUGCCAACGUCUGGAUGGUUGCAGAUUAUGGAGAUUUUUCCGUAGGGCUUUGGAAGAACUGCACCAAUGGCAACUGUGAUGGCUCUCUGAACUAUGGCGAUGAAGGCGCUAUCAAGGCGGUGCAAGCUUUCAUGAUCCUCUCCAUCAUCUUCUCUGUGAUCUCCCUUGUGGUCUUCGUGUUCCAGCUCUUCACCAUGGAGAAGGGAAACCGGUUCUUCUUCUCAGGGUCCUCCAUGCUGGUGUGCUGGCUGUGCAUCCUGGUUGGAGUGUCUAUCUACACUAAUCAUUACGCCCACAGCGAAGUGAACUUUCCCUUGAGCAGCCACCAAGGCUAUUGUUUCAUCCUGACCUGGAUUUGCUUCUGCUUCAGCUUCAUCAUCGGCAUACUCUACAUGGUCCUGAGGAAGAAAUAAACUGAAUAAAGCUCAUGGGCAUCUGGGGGUGGGGGUGGGGCAGGGAGGAGGAAGCAACUUAAUCUGGGAGGGAAGCAGACGUCAUGUGUAGGAAUAACCAAGAGGGGGAGGGGGAGGGGAGGGGGGGGAAGGAAGACUGGGAGAGGCCCAAACCCUAACCAUAUCUAGGGAUGGGAUUCUCUACUGCCAAGCGUCCAUCCUUGGAAGAAAGUUGUUGGCUACUACGCUAAUGCUUCCUUGAGGCCGCCAGAGAGUCCUCCUCUAGCCACCAACUGUGACCCCAUCUAUCCUCAAUUACAUAAGCUUGGGGCCUCGCCCGCUGCCGUAUCACUGGCACCACUCUUGAGGUUGACUACUGGGUCACACCCUGAGGUCUUCCACAUCCAUAUCAACAAGUUCUGAUGGUGGUCCACGUCCUAGCAAGAGCAGAUAAUGCCUCUAUGCUGAGGCCAAGCCUGGGAGCCACCUUGUCCUUGUGACCUAAAACCAAACCUCAAAUCCAGAUCCCAAGUGCCUGUAGUGGGAGCUUUGGCCAGGAAGCCAAGGUCCAUAUUUGGUGGCCUUUCCAACAAAAGUGUAAACGAGAGAUGGUUUAUAAGGUCAGGCUGAUGGAAUUGGUUUAGCCAAGAAAUAGAAGUUUUUGCCCCAGAGGAUGUGGGAGACAGGUGGGGAUAGGCAGUGCAGCUCAGUCACAGAGGCCUCCUGCUGUGGACUCUGCUAGACCCUCACUUAAAGCCAAGGCAGCUUUUCUGGAGUUUUUCUAGAUUCUCUAGAGCCAAAGAUGAAUAUGCCUCACAAAACGUAGGGUCAAAGCGCAUGCCCACCACAGUGCUCUAGGAAGGUUGUGGGUUUUUAGGAUUCCCCCCAAUGCACCCACUGUAUCUUGUAUAUUUAACAGGAGAGAGAUGCAUGUGUCCCUUUUGUCAUACAAUACUGUUAAGCUUCCUCUGAACUAGGAGUAUUUGAGGAAGUCCAAUGAUGACCAGCAUAACUCUGGGGACCAGACAUAACAUCUAAGUUCAGUGGUCACUGUAGCUUUGACCUGGGCGGAAGUGCUCUCCUCUCAACAGCUUUCAACACACUAUUUUCCAGCUAAAGAUGGCAAUUCUGUAAGACAAUUAAAAUAUAUACCAACUUAAACUAAAGGACAAGUUCUGGGGGUGCAGGUGAAGGUGCUAUCUGGUUACAGAGUACUAAGCAUACCAUAUCUCAUUUAUGUUAGGACAAGAGUCCCUGCUCUCAGGGAAAAAAAUGUAAUAUUGUGAGAGGAAUCAAGUCCUGGUGAUGGGCAGACAGCUUCUUUUUUAAAACAGGAGAAACUCUUAGGGUAUGCAGACAGAUGGUAUCUAAGUUGUUGGGGCUGCAGGGGUAUUGCUGUAUAAGACUUAAGAGGUAGUAUGAUAUCUUAAAGGGCUUUCUUUUUAGAAAUAGUUCGUUGCCCUUAGAAGAUCACCCCAGAAAGAGUCUGAGAUAUCUUUUCUACAUUUCUUUUCCUGGGAAUAUUCUUAUCCAUUUCUUAUAUACAUUUCUUUUGGGAGGGAGUUUUUAUGCUAUAGUUGCUGGUAUUUAUGUAAAGGGACCAUUACUAAGUAUAUUUCUUUAGUAUAUUAUGUUUAAGGGAAUGUGCAAGGUAGGUUACUAAAUUGCUGGGCUGAUGUUAGAGAUAUUGGCCAGAAAAGCUAUAAUAAAUUCUUAAAUUAUAAUUUGGUCACCGUACAUUUGUUCUAGCUACACCAUACAUUUGUAUAGCUAUCUAUAUCAACAGAUAGCUAUAGCCAGAAAAAGAUAGUCACAUUUUGUUAAAAAGUUGAAUUAUGACUGGAGUGAAUUGUGCAUUCCCUUGUCUUUUACUUUUUUUCUGUGACAUUUACGUCUCACGUAAUUUGCAUUGCAUUGGUGGGUUAUUCUAGUACUGUAUUUGGCUUCUUCAUUAAUAGGAUAUUUCAUAUACUAUAAUUGUAAAUAUUUUGAUACAAAUGUUUAUAACUCUAGGGAUAUAAAAACAAAUUCUGAUUCCCUACACUGUGUGAUUGUUUUCUUUUUUAAAAGAAAUAUGAAAUAAUA